AUGACGACACAGCAGCAGCUCUCUAACGCAAAGCCGCUUGAAUAUCUAAAAGGACUAAACGGCGAAGAGGCUAGAGCCUUACUCGACACCAUCGACAGUCUGCGUGAGCUGGAAAUUGACAAAAUCGAGUCGCUUCCUCAAAUCAUCGUGGUGGGUGACCAAUCGACAGGCAAGAGCUCUGUUCUCGAGGCCAUAUCUCGCGUCCGGUUUCCCGUCGACGCAAAGCUAUGCACUCGCUUUGCGACAGAGCUGGUUCUGCGUCGAGCAGAUGAGACCAGAGUGACAGUCAGCAUCCGCGUGGCCGAAAACAACGGCAAAAAGGAUGGCAGAAGUCACGGUGAGCCGUUUACGCGGACCAACUACGAUGUGGCCUCGCUGCCGCGCAUCAUCGAUGAGGCCAAGGCGCACAUGGGCGUCAUCGGUGCGCACGCGUAUGGGGGCCAAGGGAAGAAGCGGUUCUCGAAAGAUGUCCUGCGUAUCGAGAUCUCACGGCCUGACGUGUACCCACUCACGCUCGUCGAUCUCCCCGGAAUCUUUCGCAAUGUGACAGCCGAACAGACUGCGGAGGACAUAGAGACUGUCAAACAGCUCACAAACGAGUACAUGGCCCAGAAACGAAGCAUCAUUCUGGCCGUUGUAAUGGCAACCAACCAGCUCGCAAACCAGGACGUCAUGAUGAUGGCAAAGAUGCACGACCCGGAGAGAAAGCGCACCGUGGGUGUGAUCACCAAGCCGGACUUGCUGAGCGAAGAGGGGGUCACGCAGCAGUUUGUGGACGUCAUCAAGGGACGCGAUCUGACAAACAAGCUCGGUCUCGGCUGGUUCGUCCUGCGUAACCUGUCCGAGAAGCAGAAACAGGACCAGCCAGACGUUUCGUUUGAUAAGAGAGAUGCCAUGGAGCAGCAGUUCUUCCGGACAGGGGACUGGAGCUCUGUCCAGCAGGCACAUCGAGGAGCCCAGAGCCUGCGCAAGACGCUUAGCAAGGUUCUUCUCGAGCACAUCAAGGCCAGCCUGCCCGAGCUGAUCCAGAAGAUCGAGGAGAAGCUGCACCAGCGAAAGGAAGCGCUGCGAUGUCUGGGGAGGCCGAGAGUCGAUCUAGACGAGCUGCGGCUGUACCUGCACGACGUUGCCAAGGAAUUCCACCGCCUGGCCAGCGACGGUGUCAACGGACGUUAUGCCGACGCCUUUUUUGACGGACAAGAGGACGAUGCGGGCGGGCCGCGCAAGCUGCGCGCGAACCUGCGGAAGCUGAACAGCGUCUUUUAUAGCGUCCUUAAGGAGAAGGGUGCUGCCAGGAAGAUUGUUUCCGGUGAGUUUAUAUUUUGGGGCACGGACGCUGCAGACAAAACGGCUAUACCCCCGUACCUGCAAGCCCUCACGGCACAGUACAGCCACUUCCCGCAUCCUACCGCCGUCUCUCAAGAACAGUUUAACCGCGAGAUUGAGGUGUUUGCUGCCGACAACCAGGGCCAGGAGCUCCCAGGCGUCCCCAGCAGCGAUCUCGCCAUCAGUCUCUUCCGACAGCAGGCCAAACCCUGGAGGGAGAUUGCGCGCUUCCAUCUCGACCUCGUCCUCAAGUUUGCCCAAUCAUUUGUCGAAGACGUCUUUGCGCACGUUAUAGGAGAUGACAAGCACACCCAGGCGGCCUUUUUGAAUAGGUACUCGGACCCGUUCUUUGACAGAAAGAGGGAGAUCCUCGAGGCGAAGCUGGACGAGAUUUUGCGUCCCUACGUUCAGGGCAACGGACUGCCGAUGGAGACUGAGUUCCGUACGUCCCUGAACGCAGCCACAAUGCUCCGCCUUGGGAAAAGGGUGGUCUCCGUCCUGGAAACUGAACAUCCCGAGGUCUUUUCGAAAACUAAGGACUCGGGAGACCGGCUCACACCGGCUCAGCUCUCGCUUUCCAUUCGCACUGCCGCGAUUCUGCCGGACAGUAAAUUUGGUGCCGACAAUGUUGUCGAUAUGAUGACAACCUACUAUGAUAUGUCCCACAGAACGUUUACCGAGAAUGUGAUCAAUCUUGUCGUGGAAAACUGUCUCGUGUCUGACAUUCCAGAAGUCCUGACGGCCGGCAUCGUCUUUAAGAUGAGCGAUGGUAGAGUGCACGAGCUGGCCGCGGAGUCAGACGAAGCCAUGGCCGAUCGGGCCCAGCUACAGGCCGAGGCCCGGAUUCUCGAGCAAGGGCUCUCUAGAUGCCGAGUGUACAAGCCUCGAACCGUGACAGACAUGGCUUUCACCUUCACCAAACGUGAACAAUACGUACAACAAGGCCAGUUCAACUAA